AUGGAGAGGUUUACCGAUGCAGAAUUGGAUUUUCCCUGUAACAGCUGUGGUGUUAUGAUUGGCGAUCAUCUCAACACCGAUACCCAUUGCAAAGGAGAGAUAAUUCGAGUCGCUUCGCCCUCCCAUCCCGCCUGGGCAAACUUUACGUUCUCCACGCCAACCCCAUCGCCCAGUCCCCCUCUUAUGAUCUUCGAGGGUUUGAGGGCUUUUCCUUUUCGGUAUCCAAUCGCUUCUCCCAGCCCGCCACCUCCGGAGUCUCAAGCUAGAGAAGGCGUUCAGACCACCAGUACUAGAACUAUAUCGGAAUCUAGCAUCCCCACGGUAUUCGUGCCGCGACGUGGGAAUGACACGCCUGAUUUACUCUUCCAACCUGGUAGCCCGCCCAAGGCGUCACCAGUCCCUCGUCGAUUUAUCAACCAAGACGACCCCACGCAAUUUCUCAUCUACACUGAUGGGGCCUGUUUGGGCAACGGCCAAGCCAACCCCAAAGCUGGCUGCUCAGUUGUCUUCCGACCGCCGACUCGAUCACGCCAGUUCUAUGGCCGCUUGAGUUUUGCCCUCGAGCAUCAAGGCCCCUCAGGCGAGACGCACCCACAAACAAGUAACCGUGCAGAGCUGCGGGCCGUCAUUGCUGCUCUCCGGUUCCGACGGUGGACUGGGGAGGGAUUCCAUAGCCUAGUCAUUGCUACCGACUCGACUUAUGUGGUCGACGGUAGCACAAACUGGGUAUAUGCAUGGAUGCAGAACGACUGGAACACAAGGGCAGGAACGCCGGUGAAAAACCAGGACCUUUGGCAGUGUCUUUUUGGCGAGAUUGAAAAGGCACAUAGGGCGGGGUUGAAGAUUCAAUUCUGGCAUGUCUCGAGAGAGUUGAACGAGAUAGCGGAUAUGUAUGCCAAAGAAGGGGCCGAAUUGAACCGACCGGAUAGUUUUACGGAUUUGGUGUGCCCUCAGAAUUGGCCUUGA